AUGGACCCCUACGAUGAUGAUUCACAAAUGCUGGAUGUACAAGAAAGCUAUUCAAGAGGCACCCUACACACGUCUGUAGAAGUGGAAGGACCUAUUCAUGGCUCCAUUCCUUCCACAAGCAUGGCUGGAAUGUUGGCGCCCAACGGGGAUGCGGAGUAUCUGAACGUAGCAACGAAGCGACUCCAAGAACCAUCUCGAGAGUCUUCCGUCUUGGCAAAUAAUGUAGCAAACCAUCUCAGCAUUGAAAUCUCGGAGGACCCAAUGCAGCAGGGACUUGACGAUUUCAUCGAUGAGCUGGAUGAAGCGGAGCACGGGCCUACGGCGCCGUACGUCUCAUCAUUACCUACCGGACUUUGCUACGAUGUCCGUAUGCGUUACCACUGCGAGCUCGAUCCACCAAAACAGAGUCGGGACUUUCAUCCUGAGGAUCCGCGGCGGAUUUUCAAGAUCUACAAAGAGCUAUGUAUGGCCGGCCUGGUCAACGAUCCUAUGCUGAAUACCGGGAAUUUGAUACCCAACCCGCUUCUUCGGAUCGACGCUCGCAAUGUCUCCGAGUCGGAGGUUUGUUUGGUACACGAUAAAAGACAUUGGGACUUCAUGGUGACUACUGCAAGUAUGGCACCGGACGAUCUGGUUGUCUUGGAAAGAACGUUCGACUCUAUCUAUCUGAAUGUCACGACUUUUAGAUGUGCGUUACUGUCUGCUGGGGGAGCUAUCGAGACUUGUCGGGCGGUUACUUCACGGCAAGUCAAGAAUGCCAUUGCGGUGAUCCGACCUCCGGGACAUCAUGCAGAGUGUAAUCAACCGAUGGGGUUCUGUAUCUUCGAUAACGUCAGCAUUGCCGCCAAAGUUUGUCGGUCGGAUUUUCCAGAGACAUGUCAAAGGAUCCUGAUACUUGAUUGGGAUGUUCAUCAUGGUAACGGCAUACAGCAGGCGUUCUACCAAGAUCCAAAUGUUCUGUACAUCUCUCUCCACGUUCAUGAGGAUGGCAAUUUUUACCCUUCUGGUAACUAUGGUGAUCAUUUGCACUGUGGUGGUGAGGCUGGAUUAGGAAGGAACAUUAACAUCCCCUGGCCCACCAAAGGCAUGGGCGACGCAGACUAUAUGCUUGCCUUUCAGCAUAUUGUUAUGCCUGUUGCCUACGAGUUCGAUCCCGAUUUGGUGAUUAUCGCCGCUGGAUUUGACGCGGCUGAGGGCGAUCAACUUGGCGGCUGUUUCGUCACUCCAGCGUGUUAUGCUCAAAUGACACACAUGCUUAUGAGUCUUGCACAAGGAAAACUUGUAGUGUGUCUUGAGGGUGGCUACAACCUCACAUCAAUCUCAAAAUCGGCUUUAGCUGUGACGCGAACUCUUAUCGGUGAGAUGCCAGACCGAAUACGAGAUACAAAAGCGACCGAAACAGGCAUCGAAACCGUUCAAAUGGUGGCUAUGUACCAGUCUCGGUUUUGGACAAGUCUUUACCCCAAGGACGCGCAUCAAGACAUUAGCAAUAAACAUGGCGCGGAGCGCAUGCACGAUGUGAUACGUUACUACCAAGCAAGCCAACUCAAGGAGAACCACAACAUGAUUAAUGUCAAGGUGUAUCGCGAGAAGCUUUCCAAGUCUUUUGAAAAUCAAGUGAUUGCAACGCCCAAUUUUGAGGACGCAGUGCCACUAGUAGUGAUCUUCCAUGACCCGCCGGAAUUAAUGGGGACGCCACAUCCUGUCACCCAUAAGCUGGAGUUGCAUAAUACAUGGCUCGCUGAUGACUUGAAGCAUUAUGUCGAUUGGGCCGCAAACCUCGGAUACGGAGUUAUUGACGUGAACGUUCCUAAGCACCUGACCAGUACUGAAAAAAACGAAGGCUAUGGGGUAGAAGACGAGGCCGAGCGUCUAUCUGAAAGCAAUGAGCUUGCUGUAUAUCUUUGGGAGAACUACAUCGAUUGCAAUGAUGCCACAGAGAUCUUCUUCUUCGGCGCCGGAUUUGCGUAUGAAAGCAUUAUACAUCUCCUCAUCAACCGAGAAGAAGAUUUCACCAAGCGGGUCACAGGUAUGGUCAACUUCAUCUCUGGAAAUCGCCUGAAAGCGGUCUCAGACCACGGCUUCUUCCAGCAUGGCCAGUCAUUGUCCAAAUGGUACCGAGCAAAUUCUGUCAAUUUUGUGGCAAAUAACCAUCUGGUCUGGGAUAUAGACGGUUCUAAGAAACCCUCGAAACGCUUUGGGAAUCUCGUGCGGAGUCCGGUUUGUGGCUUGAACGACAUGCUUGGGCAGCAUCAGGAGGAGGUACAGGGUUUCAUCACAAGGAGAGUGGUCCGAAGAGACGAUGACAUCGAAGAAGCGGAGAAAAUGAUGUGA